GUGUGUGUGUGUGUGUGUGUGUGUGUGUGUUUACACCGUGUAUACAAUGAAACAACAAUGAGGUUUUUUAGCUCACUUACAUUGCAGGUAUUGGCAUGCAAACACGUCUUCUGUUGUAAUGUUUCAGAGUGAGUAGAGCCCUCGGUGGACUUUAGAUGUGAUGUGGUGGAUAAAUGCUGACUCCGCGCCGAGUCCAGCACAAAUCGACAAAUACGUUUUAGCUCACUGCGUUAUCAUUGACUGUCCCGUAGUGUGUCGCAGCAGCUCUUGUUAGUCAAAUGUAAGCUUAUAGACGAUCAAUGUCAAGGACGGCGGUGAAGUGUCGAGGACACAACGUUGUUUCUGUAGUUUUGCCGUUCUCCUCUGAGCGUCGUGCUCACAGACACGCGGAGACGAGUGUGUUCAUCUGGAGUUGAUCCUUCCUGCAUUAGCAGUCUGUUCUGGUUUGGUGUACGAGCACGUUAAGCACAAACCGUUGUUGCACAGCAUGCAAAUGUGUCUCUGUAGGAGAGAGGUCUCACCUGGUGUCGGCAAACAAAGAGCUUUAAAUGUGUCUUUGUUGUGUCUCCAGUGUGUUGCUGUCUGCACGCUUAAAUGAUAAGAUAUUUGAUUGUUUUCUCAGUAUUCUAUGAGGGGAGGGAAUAUAUUUUUCAUGAAUUUUUGUUGGUUGGAAAAAGAAGACAAGGGCUGCAUCGAUUAAUCAGUUAUUUCGAGAAAUAUUGAAGUCGUUUUUCAACAGAAAUGCCAAACAUUUGAACAUUUCCUAGUAUAUUUCUUUUGUGCGAGUGUGUGGGUCGCCGUGUGUCCCCUUCUUGUGCCGAUAACGACAGCCGGCUGUGAAUGAUUCAUAGCUGAAUACUAAUGAGACAUGCUGCAGAUGUCUCGGAGAAGCCAAGCUGUGCCCUUUAGGUGUCACUCAGCCCUCGGGGAUGGUGGUCACCUGCACAUCUCUCGCUCUCAAGACUCACGACUAACAGAAGAAAAAAACAGCCAACUGAUGCGGCAACUUCUUUAAUUCUCCCAUUUGUUCCAGACUUAAUUUAACCUUUCCUUUGUGUGCUGUUAUGGUAAUUUAUGACACUUGUGCAUCGCAGACAUGAUGGAAAGCAAUACGCGGGGUCCAGAUUAAAAUAGAUUAAUCAUUUCUGCGGGCGCUCUUCAAUAGAUUAGUUGUUUGGGAAGAGAGUGCAACAAGAUCUAACGGAAGAAGGUCACGGGCAGAGAGAACAUGAGCGCUGCGCAGUGGAGGGAGGCUAGGGAGCUGUCUAAUAACAAUAGGGAGCAGCGUUGGCCUUCAGAAUGUGCCUCAUCGCUCUCUUCCUCUCCUCAUGUCUUCCUUUGCUCUCUCCCUCUCUCCUUUUCUUGUUUCGUCUUCACGGUCGAAUAUACCUGAUAGCAUGAGUCGCUAUUGAUUUCUCUUCCCUCUGCUCUGUUGGUGGGUGUUUGGCGGAGGAGUUCAGGGACAACACAAGGCUUCUGUUUUUGUGGCCUUUGUAACUUUUCCACGUCCUCGCUCCGGUCCGGCCCCCGUACAUGCAUCGGCCGUCUCCGCGUGCCACCCACCUGACAGCACGCCCUGUGAACGCCGGCCUCAUUGGUGUCACGGUCCGGAGCCCAGAGGGCCUGCAGGUCAGGGCUUUCCACCGGAGCGGCAGGCUGCAGUAAAAUCUUUAAAUAGCGAAGAAGAAAACAUCCCACUGACCGACUCCAGAGCGCGUUGGAAGUCCAUGUAUAUUAAACGGCGCACUAAUGGAGUUUAAAAUGGCUGUUUGUGGAAACCGUUACCUGAAUUGAGAUCAGAGCCGAGCGUAUACCUAUAAUGUGCUAUUUACCGCUGAAAGCCGGGAUGAGCAAUCGGCACGUUCUCAGCACUGCAAGAUGGAGACUGGAGGGAGUUGUGGAGAGCAGCACAUGCAGGCAGGCAGCAAGCUGUCUCUAUGCGAAGAACUGAAUGUCAUGUGAGAGAGUCAGUGAAGCAGAAGUGAGGCUUUAUGGCACUUUGUAGUCAAUACCUGUCGAGUAGAGCAGGCAGCGUGUUAAAGCAGGGAAUGAUGGCAAUGUUGGUUGAUAUACGUAUUGUUUGAACCAUUUAUUAGUAUAUAAUGCCUAGUUUAGUAAAAAUAUAUCUUUUCUAUUCUCAAUUAAAACAUAAGGAUUUUCAGGUCCGAGCAAUUGUAUCCGCCUUUUGCUCAAAAUCACACUUUAAUUUGAUCAUUCUGCAGUGACAAGGUAAUAAAUUUAGUCAGUCAAAAAAAUAUGAUUUUCAUUAUCAAUUCAUCAUCAAGAUGCUGAACAUUUGCUGGUUCCACCGUCUCAAAUAUGAGGAUAUUCUGAUUAUUUUGUUUUAUAUUCUUGUAAAUUGAGCAUCGUUGGUCGUAAAUCGUCCCUUCCUGAUAUUAACUUAUUCAUGAUGUAUCAUAUCUGAGUAUCGCCUGAUAAUUAACAACAAAUUUCACAACAGAAAUGAUAUUUUUGAGGUAAUGUACUCAAAUGUAAAGUAGCGUCACCAUUAGCUACAAUUCUUUCAAAAAUCAAGGGAUCUUAUUCAAAACUAUUUGUGCAUAUUAUGUGUUCAUGUGAAGAAAUGAGUAUCAGAAUAGAUGUAUAGUUCAGCAGAUCUCAACAUAUCUCUACUGGCAGAUAUGGAGCUUGUAAAAACUGGGGUCUAAGAAAUUGUGAUUUGUGAAUUUUUAGAACUACAUUUUUAAAGACUGACAGAUUAAACAAUAUUGAAAAUAAUCAUUAUCUUCAGCCCUAAAGAGCACAGCAGUUGGUUUGAUCUGAAGCUGGUUCUGAGCAUACGGUUGACUUCUUUUAGCUUUGCAUGAAUUAAUAUCUCACCACUGUUCAGACCCUGCAGACCACUUAAAUGGGAGCUGCUGGCGCCAGCUUCUGCUGUAAAUCAGCCUAAGAGCAAUUGAGCGAUAUUGGGCCGUGACACCGCCGUGUCUCCUUUUUGCAUGGAGUGUGUAUUACCGUCUCUGGCAGUUCAAGGGUCAGCUUUUAUCUUCCCGACUCUUUGCCGCGUUCGGUAACAAAUUCCUGGCUCUUGUGUGCCGAAUCCUCCGCUUGGGAUAGAGCCUGCUCGGGUCUGGCUCUGCACCUGUGCCUCAUUCACAGAGAGUCAUGUCUGGUUUUUCCCGCUGUCAUUAUCAUGAUCAUCAUAUUACGCGUUCCCUUUCUGACACAUAAUCACUUUAAUUGGACUGGAGCUCAAAAAUAGAGGCAAUUUAGUGAUGGAUAGGAGAGGAGAGAGGCAUUCUGUAUAAUUGUGCUGAAAAUCCUCUGUUUCCUCUCAAAUAUGUGAAUAGGUUUCGGGGUUAUGUCUGCGUGUGCGUGUUUGCAUAUUAUCUUUGGGAUUAAGAGGGGUAAUUGUCUGUCUUUCUGUAGAUUUAACAGCAGUGUUUCGCUGUAGCCAUUUUGUGCAUGUGUGGUGUGACAUCGGCAGAGCCGGGGAUGUUUCGGUACUCGCUUCUCUCUCGCUUAUCGCCCGCCACCGGCUCCUGGAAGCCAUAACUCACUACACACUGUAGCUCAUGUCUCAUGACAGAAGCACACAUGCUGUAGAGGUGGCACGCCGGUCAAUUCAUUUCUGUCACGUCCGAUUGAUUCUCAUCGCUGUCGCUGCAGCGUCUUUGGCAGAUUUAAAGUUUUUGUAUUCGUCCUGGCACCGAAAGAAAAGUAGGUUUGUUAUUACGUUACAGCGACAUCACUCUGCAUGAUGGAUCUGCAGCCUCGCUUAUUAUGGAGCCGACAUGGCUGUGCUGUUAUUGUACCCAGGACACAUUGAGGAGGACUCUCUCUGCUUCUGUGGGAAUUGUUGAAUGACUACAAGGAUAUAAUUAAGUCUUUGCCUCUCGGGAUUUUCUUUCUACAAAUCAGUUUAUAUGUUUGAAAUCCAGAGAUAGACUGAUCACAUCAAGUGGAGCAGAACCAGGAAGUGUGAUUUAGCUGAGUCCCACUUGUUACACUUGUAACAAUAACAGGAAGUGAAAUGAAUCUUCCAGAUACAUUUUGUUUGUGAUUUGCGUGCUAUCUGUGCCGAGCCUGUCGUGAUCCGUCCUGUGCCAAAGUACCGAACACUGAACACGUCACAAAGCCCUUCACAUUGAUUUCAAACUCUACUUUUCUGGUGGCUUUUUGCCCACAAAAGCUAAAGUAUUCUUGAUUUCUCUUCUCGAACGUUUGCUCUCACCACACAGAGAGACGUGGAUAUAGAUUUACUUUUACUGUCUGGGGGCUCUGGCUGUUUUCAGACAAUGUGUCUCAUCCUCUUGGUCGGUUUUGUCGGUGUAGCAGCCAUCGUCCGGUUCGUCCUGCUUUCUCUCAAAGGACUCGACUUCACAUGAGCAGACGUGUGUGUCCCGCUCUCUGCACCAGUUCCCAGGCCUUUUCCUCUCAGAUUAGAAGAGCAGCAACGAACAAAAGUGUGUGUUUGUGUGUGUCAGUAUAUAUGAGUGUGCAUGCUUGACUGUCUGAGGAACCACCAGGUGCUAUGCAGUAGGUGUGUGUAUAUUUUACACUUCUCCAGUGUGCGUCACUGCACAUUACAUCAUCUCCAUAUGAUAUGGCAUUCAUAUUUAUGUGAUUUCCUGUAUACAAAUACUGUCUCCACGCUGCUGGAAUAUAAGACCGUUAACCUCAGCAUCUUUCUGAUGUUGCCCGCGCACAAACUGUGGACAAUGGCGGUGCGCAUCGUUGUGGGGCGGAGCGCCUCCUGAGUGAGCAAUUCUGGUAGCACCUUGGGCCGCCAGCGCUGUCUCUGCAAUCACGCUCCCAUUGAGGGCAGCCUUUCAUCUCGGGCCUUUCACAGAAAACCUUUCAGACGCAGGAAAGGGAGGAUGGAAAGAGGGAGAUCGAGGGGGGGGGGGGGAGUGCAGAGGGAAUAAGGAAGGGAAGUGCUCCUGCAGCCGCGAGCGUCUCGUCUUCCAAUGCUGGCUGUGAAUAAGCAUGCCGAUGAUGAAGAGCGUACAGAUGUUGAGAGAAUGUAUAGUGCCGCGUGUGUGUGUGUGUGUGUGUGUGUGUGUGUGUGUGUGUGUGUGUGUGUGUGUGCUGUUAGUGCAGCUCUCCCAUUGUGCGUGUUCACUAUGUAAUCUGCUUUCCUCUAAACGUCAGAGUGUCUUAUGGACAUAAUCAUUGAGGCGUGAUGUCACCGUGGGAGAAUAGCGUUGUCCGGUAUCAAUACAGCGGCGUACAGUACGUUGCAUCACUCGGUCGGCUGCUGGAGGUUUUGCUGUGCUGAGCUGCUGAGCGGAUGGAUAGAGGGUGUUUGCUGGCAGUGCAGGGGGAGGGGAUGUUUGGUGAGGACUACCAGGUGUUCCUGUCUGAUGGGCGGCCAGUCGGCCAGGUGUUGGUGCUGGGACACAGUGAUCCCGCCGCUGGAGGUAAGCAGGGUGUCCAUCCCACUUCAAAUUCAACGUCAAUCACGUCUUUUCAAAAAGCUCCCUCUUCUAAAUCUGUCACGCUGUUACAGAAACCUCUAUCUGCGCCAACAGUUUGAUCAGCCUCCAGGUUUGAACUGUGGACCGCUCCCCCCAAAAAAUGGAAAUGUGUGGAACUCAUGAAAACUAGGAGCUUUUUUUUUGGGGGCCAAAAACUUUCAUCUUUCUCUGUUUGCCAUCAUCAGAGUUGUUCGUUUUUGCUUUGUGUAGCAUUUAUCUAAAACAAACAACUGGCGAGCUUUAUUGCCUCUCAUAAAUCAUUUAGACCUACUUUGUCUGCCAAGUGGAGCCUAAGAGAACAUUUCACACAGCAGUGUGAAACAGGUUUUGCUUUUGGAUUCAUAUCCCGCUCUGUCUUUGUCAUUACUGUAGGUGUGUGUGUGUGUGUGUGUGUGUGUCUGUGUGUAAACUGCUGUGGUCUUUUAUGCUCUGGCAGCUUUCUGUGUGUGCUAUGGAGCCCAUUUGAUGUCCACGAGGCUUUGGGUAAGGGUGGACGGAGGAGAAAUCUGAGCUGUCAUUGAUCAUCGUGGAGAAGGAAUGGGAAAUGGUACAACUUCCUGUUUUUCCUCCUUUUCCCUUUUAAAGUCACCGUCUGCCUCCCUCGCCAUCAAAAGCCGGGAUUUCAUAUCGGCAGGGAGGCUAAUUAGCCUGCUCAAUCCCAUUCAAAAUGUUCAACAGACUUUGAAGUGAAUGGAGUCGGAUAUCUGGUGGAAAAAUGGGAAUCGAUUGUAAGGCAACCAUUGUGUCUCCUCUCGUGACAGUAAACGUGGAAACCGUGUCACUUCCUCUCUGCAUCCAGUCUCUUUAGGAUCAGCACCACCGUUGAUGUCACACUUUUUUUUCUUUUUUUUUUCCAAUACGAUCGUAAUAUAGAUGUGAAUUAAGCUCACCCACAGUCCAUUCCCAGAGCGAACAUCUGCUCGAGCUUUAACCGCUAUAUUCUGCAUACACAGGGAAAUGUGAUGGUAAUAACUUCCACCUCUGCGGCAAGACAAUCAAACGCUGUUAAUUAGUUCUGGCACUAUAGCACUCUCAAUCAGGAGAAAUCCUCAGCAGCUAUGGGCUGUGAUGGAGAAAGUCUCUCUCUGUGUGUGUGUGUGUGUGUGUGUGUGUGUGUGGCACAUAAUCCUGAUUAUUUUGUUAGAUGGUGAUGAUGACGAACAUUAAUCACGAUUAUCAGCUGGAUGAUUUAAACAGCAGAAUUUGUGUCCUGCACUUUUGUCAGCUUACAUCAACCACCUCAGGUGAUUCAAAGGAAACGAAGAAGGUUGGCGUGAGAGGAUGUAUACCUUGAGAGUGGGAACACAUCGUCUCACAUUAGCCUGAGUAACCUGCCCGCCACUUAGACGACAGCACUUUUCAUAGUGAGUGAAACCACCCCCUGCAUUUCAGUGUCAAGACAUCAGAUGCGCCGUAGCCGCGGCCUGCUCUCUACGCAGCCAGGAUUCAGUUUCAAAACCAUUUGAGAGGAAUUAAGGCAACAAAUGCCUCGGUUCCCUGUCACUUGUCAUCGGCGUGACAGACUGAGAAAUGUCCCUUUGUUUGAAAAAACAAAGCGAAGUAGGGCAGAGCUAAAUGAAAGAGCGAUAUUUUCCGGCGCGUGACAGCAGAUAGAGAGAGAGAGAGGGAGAGAUUGGGAGACAGUAGGAGGGAUGGCAGGAGUGUGCAUGAUUGAGAUAAGCGACAGAUAGAUGGAGAGCCAGGCAGAAGUCCUCUCCCACACACUGGGAUCCCAGAGAGACCUCCCACAGAAACGGUGAAGCACACUGCAGUCGCACCGUCAUGCAAGGACAUGUGAAGGACGGAGAGAGGGGGGGAGCACCUCCGUGUCAGAGAGAGAGGGAGAGAGAGAGAGAGAGAGCUUAUUCCUGCAUUGAAUCAUCGCACUGUAGCUCAUGUUCUCCGUCUUAAAAUCCUAUUAUUGCUCAGUUUAAAGGACAAAUUGAAAAGUAAUACCAUCCUUUUUUAAAAAGAAGUGAACAAAAGCGCUUUAGACUAGCAGUCUACUGUACGUAGUGAUGGGUGCUGUGGUUGGUGAUGGCUCAUAAAUACAGUUUAGUAUGCCACACCAUGGAUAUUAUGGAAGAAAAAAUCCCUUCCUCUGCCUUGAGAACAGAUCGAAAACCUAAAACUAGUGAUGUUUGGAUCUGCUUGAGUUUGAGCUGAAAUCAGUGGAUUUGAUUAGUGAGGAUUUGAGGUUGAUUUUAGCUGAACUCUCCCAAUAAUUGUCCUACAUGAUUCGUCUCUGCAGCUACGAUUUGUAACCGGGAUCCAUGUGCUUCACCGUUUCAUGUGCGUCUUGUCAGAUCCAAAUGGCUGCGUGACUUUGUCCGUCGUUACAGUUCCAUCACUGUAAGAGCGAUCGGGUCCGGUUUAGAAUGUCUGAGGUUCAACUAAACAAGGUUACGCGAGCUAUCCCUCAGGUUCCCUUCACCGUGACCGAAGUGAUAAUCCCUCUUAAGUGGCCAUGUGGAUGCCGAAUCGGGGUCACUGCUCACACAACUCAGUCUCCUUCUUCACGCUAUUUUUAGUCACGCCUGCAGCGUGACCGUAGGGACGGACAAGGUCAGACUUUGGUCCAGGUCUUGGAAUGUCUCGCGACGAGCAUCGGACAGACUGCCAUGAAAUCUGGAGCAGACAUUCGUCGUCCCCACAGGACAAAUUCCAAUGGCUGUGGUCAGCCAACUGUUAACAUCCAGUGCCAAAUUAAAUGGCACGUUUAGCUUCUUAAUUUGAUGUUGGGGCAGAAUGCAGCGUCAUUGUGAACUGUUAAGAAAGCAUUUUUUUAUUUUAGCCUACUUGGCAGAUGUCAGUCUUGUUCUUUUUCUGUGUCCCAUCGAUGCCUCCUCCCUUCCUCCCUUCCUCCCUUCAUCCCUCAUCCCUCCCUCCUCUCAGCGCCGCACUCUCCCGCUCCCUUAGUAACUGUAUCUAUGCAGCAAGGUGUAGGCAGGGCCACGCGGGACUCCCUCUGAUUGGCACAGAGGUCGGCAUUUUUGAUCCCGGAUCGCAUUUGACUGCAGAGUUCAGUGGUUUCUGCCUGGCACACACACCAGUAAGCCAGUUAACUACGUCUCAGUGGCCUUUGUUCCGCAGAGCCAGGCGUGAAUAAGUCAGCGUCCUACCGUGGGUUACCGGCUUAAUGAGCUGGUUGCUGCUGUUUUGCAUCGCACUUCAGUCUUCCACCCCCCUCCGCAGGUAGCGUACAUGCUGAAGUCUCCGGCUAGACUGUGCCCUUGGCUUUGCUCCCGCUUGCUUCACCUCGUCUGGGAGGCGAGCGGUCUCGAUCGGGGAGGAUGGGGCCCAUGGGUGAAGGGCUGAGAUAUCCCCAUCAGCCCGCUCACCGUCCUCCUCCUCCUCCUCUUCACCCAGUGAAUCUGGGUCAGACCUCGCGUGACGGACAGCCUGCCAUCAUCACCACUCAGACACAAAAAAAAGGGAAAGGAGAGUGCUGGGAGGGUGGAGAGGACGGGUUGAUUGAGAGGAAAGAGGACAAGAGUGCUUCUCCCUCUAGCGGGACGACAGGAUUGGUCUUUCCUCCCAUGGGCGUCUCGUCCGUCCUCCCUGUGACACAUUCACACUCGCGCAUCCCCUGAAAGUAGACAUGCACCCACAAGAUCACAGCACUGAGCCAGGAGAGUCAAUAAGGGCCUCAUGAUUAGUUUUUUUCCUUCGUGUUGGACUUUUUAGAACCGGGUCUUAGUGUUCAGUAGGUGCAGGCUCUCAUUUGUCCCGUUCUCACUUUAAAGGCCUUGACUUGUAGUCGUUCUGUGGUUCACUACGCUGGCUGUCAUCAUGGUGAUGUUCAGAUGACAAGGGCAUGCACCCCACUCUAUUUCCAGACCGUCGAUCCAUGACAGCGGUCAGACCUAACCUCGCCUCUUCUGUUCCCCUCAAUUCUCUCCCUCAUCGUUCACAUCUUCAUCCUUUUUGAAUUCCUCAAAUGUGUCGCUUUCACAUUUACAAAUCUUACUUUUGAUUCCUUCUCUUAACUCUUUACAGCCGUGCGAAAUGUCUCUCUUGCUACCCCCCACCCCACCUCCAUUUCCCUCGCUCAGUCACUAUUAACACCCAGCUCACACUCUGCAUGCUCCAUAAUUUCUGCUGCCAGUGACACUGAUGUGCAGUCGGGUAGAAGAGACAAACAAAGCAAAUGUCAAGCCUUUCCUGUGACCUGAAGAAUUGGGAGUUGAUUAUGCCCGCUUCAGUGUUCCAGGUGAAUACACACACACUGACGUAGACACACACACAGAUGUGUACAUCCUGAGGAUGCGCUGAUCACAUGCAUGAAUCUCUUAGGUGUCAGCUCCAUGGCAAUAACUCAUCUGCAGCAACCAGGGGAUCAGAUCUCCGCUUUGCUGAAACCUGAUAGGCUUGUUUACCUGUCUGAAUAUCAGGGUCCCGUGGAGACCAAUGGGGUUUAUGGAGACAGAUGAGGGAUCUUGGCACCAGAGAGGAGGAUUAACCAGGAUAGAUGGCGGCUUUUGAUUGGAGUCCAUUAAGUGUGACUCACUGAGGGUGUACAUGGCCAAAGGACGAUCAACCUUAACAGUUGCUGGAGAUUUUCUCAAGUUAGUGUCAAACCUGUUCUGCUUUUGUUCAGGAUUCAGUGUGAGAGAGUCUUUGCGCUCUCAUUGUCUGCUUGAAACAGACAAAACAUGCUGGAAUGCUCUAAAUGAGGGCUCAUUUCUAGGCACAAAGCUUUCAUGAAUUCAUGAAUCUUCUUUGUUAUUUCAGUUUGGAUCAGUCUAAUGGGAUUCAUACAUCGCACCUCUCUUAAACGGCACAGGUUCACUAUGGGCGGCUCAGGCUGAAGGAUUAUGAAAUGAUUACCUCUAUUCCAGGGCUAGGCUGAGGUUGAAAGCAGGCUUUUUAGGUAAAGGCUGGGAGUUUCUCCUGGAUCUGUCGGGCUUAAAGUAAUAAAUCCACACGUCUCCCUCGACAGAGGCCGGGAUUACUUGUUUUGUACCCACCUGUUAACAGGGGGGACUCUGCUUUUGCUUGUUUAUAGAAAUAUCAGGAUGAGAGGCUUCAGUUGUGUAUCUGUUCACUUUCAUGACACUUAAAGAUGAAGAGUGUGAUCAAUGUACAUGAACUUAUUAGUAGCUGAGACAGUAGCUGAAGAAAUCCCCAGAGAGACAACAGAUCUGAGAGCCAAACAGGAAGGUUUCUUAAGAAAAACACUGCAUGAGGUUGUGUGUAUGCAGUCUUCCGCUUCACUGGGUGACGUGACAUUUUGCCGUCACUUGUUGGUCACUGGAAUGUGCGUCCUUGGGUGCACAAGAGCAAACAAAACGGGGACCCACACAUAAAAACAUUGCUCCAUGGGGGGCCUUUGAUUAUGCAUCAAGUCACAGUCGUCCUUUAUGGCGGGGCAGCUGGAAAAAGAAAGCAACUCGACGGCAGUAGCAAUCAUAACAUAUUGCUUUUAACCCUGUCGGUGUGUAGCCAUCAGAGGGCACUGUAAAGGCUGCAGUGAGACAAGCAACCCUCGGUCGGUGUGUUUUUAAUGUCGCCCAUUUUAUUCAAAACUGCAGCAUUUGAAAUCUGAAAACUUUUUGUAAGUUCUUAAUUGCAAGCUGCACUGUGCUGCAGUGAGGCCGUACAGAUUCAUCUCCCAGAUGGCUGUACUUGCAUCUCGCCACCGGCUCAAGAGACAGACACUCCGCCCACACAGAAGACCUGACCUGCGAGUCCACACACACACAUACACACACACACACACCCACACACACACUCCAUAUACCAGUCAGAGUUGCGUUUUUUCUGUGCCAGCCCUCUGAGCAUGUAGCUGAAUCUAAAUGACAAUUCCCUGAUUUCCUGCACGUGUUCUUCCCUUUUCUGAUAUUUGAAGGAUCUCUACCUGACAACAAGAUCUCCAAAUGAAAUAACAAAAUGAUAGUUUGUCCAUGUUCUCUGAACGAAUAACUGAAAGAAGCGUUUCCUGAUCAGUCGUUACAAAUAAAAAACAGAUGCAUUUACGAUGUGACAAUGCAAUGAUUAAGGUUUGCUUAAGUUUAGGUAUAAAAACAACUCAUGGUUCAGGUUAACCCGAUGUUGUGUUCAUUAAGCUAACAGGAUUUAUUCAUUUUACAGCGGACAAAUCACACAUAAUUGAACAAUAGCAACGUUGAUGUUAAAGCCUUAACAGCAACACUAUUUGUUGUGGGGCUGACUCAUAUUUUGCAGGUAUCGCUGUUGUGGGUGUUUUGAUGGUUGACACGGAGUCAUGAAUAAGGAGACUAAAUUAAAUUUCAUCAAGGGCCCCCAGUGGGGCCGGUGCUGCCCUGUUGAGCAGAGAGAGCAGGACAUAAACCCUCCAUAAAUGUCUGCCCUCAGAGACCGAAUAGGAGGAGGAAAGUUUUCACACCGAGUACACAAGUGGUGGUUCAGUUUCACGCUUCUCCGUUUCACCGCCAUUAGACACUUUCCCCCCUUUGUUAUGUCGUCCUCUCCCUCUGCUCGCCCCCCCGUGAUAACCUCGAUACCCUCUCACACGGUACUCUACACUUCUACAGAUACGACAGCUCAUUACUGCUGAUAUUUCAACUUGCUGUUUGAUACAGAAGUCUCUAACUGCAGCCAAUUAAAUAGCAAAUGAGUGGCUUCAUCGGUGAUACAGUCUCUUUCUUUGCACACAGAUUAUCCGAGUCAACAUCUGCGCGGACAAAGACGCAACAGAAACGCCACUUUUAACAGUGUGUAAAACCGGCGCCUCAUUGUCAGCAGAACCUUGAUUUUCUUCUUACAAGGACGUCUGGAUUUACCCUGAUAAGGCUGAGCAGAACAGUCAAAGAGCUGCUUGCUGGAGCCGUAAAGCCUCUUAAAUAGGAGGCACUCUGGAAAUAUUAAUACAAUAAUGCAGCACGUUAAUAUCCGGGUGUAGGGUAAAGCAAUGAUGUUUAAGAAUGACAUUAUAUCAGAGCAGGAGAGGUGCAUUGAGGUUAACGCCGAAGGACAGAUUUCAGAGCAAGUGAAGGUACAUGCACAAAAGCAUUAGUGUGGGUUUGGAGCCCAACCCCCUCCCCUAUUCCGAGUAGUUAAAAUUCCUGUCGUCAUAGCGGCGGUUUGAUGUAGUGGUCCUCUCCCGAAUGUGAUGGCUGCCAGAGUGCAGGGCAGAAUGUUAAGAUUCAGACAACCACAAAUUAACAGCUGAAAAGUGGGAGUGACAGAGAGCAGCCGUGACGGUGAUGGAGCCCACAGUGCAGUGCCGCGUAGCCGAUAGCCGAUCGAUAUGUCACGCGGUCCUGUCCGGCUUCCCGAUGAAAGAGCCGGCCGACUCCCUUCGGAUCUCCUUCAGACCUCACUGAGUCUCUGUGUUAUCCGGUGCUGAAUACUAAUUCCUCCGCUGUGCCGGGGGCCCGUGUGCGCGCCAUCUAACAGUCUUUAAACAGCUGCUUAGGACGUCGCACAACAACGCAUCCUCUCUCCUCCCUCCGAACCUCGUCGAUGCUAAUUUGGAUGUGUUUUUUUGUCCUUUAUGCAACAAAAUCUACAUAAUUAAUAAACUUGAAUGCAUAUUUGUUGUUUUGCGCAGGAUUAUUCAACUCUCUCAGUAAACCGUGAAGCAAAAAAAGCUCUCUCUCAUCCACGCUGUAAGAAUUGUAGAAGCUUCAAUGCCGGCUCUAUCUGGGCGACACGUUCAAGCUUUUAGUGGGUUUUUUGAAGGAUGAAGACCGGCUUCCUCCUCGUCAUAGAGCUGGGCGGUCAUCAGGGACGAAGGAUUGAUGGAUGGACCUUGAGAGGGCAGCUUCACAGAACUGCUGACGUAGCACAGCAGCAUGAUUAAUGUAAAGCCUGUGUCUAUAUAUGGAAGUCUUUGUAGCAGCGGUGGACUUUUGUAUGGGGUAUAUAGGGUUACUUUGUCUUUAUACAGCAUUUUAAUUGCUCAUUUUGAUUCAAAGAAUAACAACCAGCAAUGUAUUAGUGUUUAAUUUACAGUUUAAAAACGCUGUAUAAAGAAGUCGUACAAAGCCCUUUGGAAGUUGUAUUUUAAAAAUACCAUUUGCAGAGUAAACACUCUUUGGUUUAACAGUUUGUUUUUCUCUUACUUAGAGGGACUCUGGUGCAUAAUCAGCAGCUCAUUUGUGUUUCCUCCCCCCUUUUCACUCUCUAUUAGUGGAAUGUUUUCAGAAUAUUCAACGCUGCAAAAGGACCUCCUUCAUUGUACACUGCUGGUGGGGCCAACUCCGGGGCCUGUUUCCCUAAGCAAGAUGCCGAGCGUGGUGGCGGUCACAUGAUCUCGACAGAUGACUUGGAGUAUCCGCGAGAGUACCGGACUCUGGGCAACAGCGCUCGGCGCUUCUCCAACGUGGGCCUGGUGCACACGUCGGAGCACCGCCACACCGUGAGCGCCGCCCAGAGCCUGGAGGCCCUGACCAACCUGCACAAGGUGGACAUGGAACGCAAGAGGGACGCCUUCAUGGACCACCUGAAGAGCAAGUACCAGCAGCAGCAGCAGCUGCAGCAUCCGCAUCACAGCCCGCACCACAACCCGCCAUCUCCCUCGCCCUCCCACGCCAGCAUGAGGGGCACGUCAGAGCGGUCUGCACGAGAACAGCAACAGCCCAACUACUGGAGCUUUAAGAGCCGCAGUCCACGGCAUUCCCAGUCCACCCAGUCUGGGCUCGCCGACCAGGCCGCCAAGCUCUCCUUCGCCUCGGCCGAAUCCCUGGAGACCAUGUCAGAAGCCGACAUCCCCAUCGGGUUCAACCGGAUGAACCGAUUUCGCCAGAGCCUGCCGCUUUCCCGCUCUGCCAGCCAGAAUAAGCUACGAUCUCCAGAUGAAUAUUCAGGCGUGCUGUUCCUGCAGUACGGAGACGAGACGCGUCGCGUUCACAUCACCCACGAGCUGAGCAGCCUGGACACGCUGCACGCUCUCAUCGUGCACAUGUUCCCCCAGAAGUUGACAGCAGGUAUGCUGAAGUCACCCAACACGGCCAUCCUGAUAAAGGACGAGGCGCGCAACGUCUUCUACGAGCUGGAGGACGUCCGGGACAUCCAGGACCGCAGCAUCAUCAAGAUUUUCCGCAAAGAGCCCAUCUACGCUUCCUACCCUGCUGCUGCACACCUGGCUAACGGAGACCUGAGGAGGGAGAUGGUGUACUCCUCUCGCGACUCCUCCCCAACCCACCGCAUCAACACCCUCCCCUCCUCCACGGCCUCGGCAUCCUCCGGCUCCCCGUCGCGCUCGCGCCUCUCCUACAGCGGCGGCGGCCGUCCUCCGUCCUUCACGGGGUCCCACUCCCAGCACGAGCAGCCCCGGCAUGCCCACCAUCCUCCGGCCGGCCACGGGGCCAACGCGGGCCUGUCUCCCUCGCCCAGCGCCAUCCUGGAGCGCCGCGACGUCAAGCCUGACGAAGAAGUUUCUGCAAAAAAUAUGGCGCUGAUGAAGAGCGAGGGGCUGUACGCAGAUCCCUACAGCCUGAUGCACGAGGGCCGCCUCAGCAUCGCCUCCACCCAGUCGCUAGCUGCCAUCGGAGACCCCUUUAGCUUCCCCGUUACCAGUGGCCUGUACCGCCGAGGCUCCGUGCGCUCCCUCAGCACCUACUCAGCCGCUGCUCUUCAAGGGGACCUGGAGGACUCCCUCUACAAGCCUGGAGGUUCGCUCUACUCUGACACGUACUCCUCGGCCACACUGGGAAUGGGUUUUCGCAUGCCGCCCUCAUCCCCGCAGAAAAUCCCUGACAUGCAGAUGAGGGACAGGGAGUCGUAUUCCAGCUCACCCAGCAGAGCCUCACCUGUCAGGCAGAGCUUCCGCAAGGACUCGGCCUCCUCCUCCGUGUUUGUGGAGAGCCCAAAGUCGAGGCCCAGCUCCAGCUCAGAGCCUCUGUGUCUGACAGCCGGGCCUGGGGAGGGCGGCAGGGCCACGCCUGGCUUUGGUUCCUCGAUGUCUGGACAGGACCCCGACAGCAGCAGGGAUCAUCGUCUGGAGCGCAUGGAGGCAAUGGAGAAGCAGAUAGCCAGCCUUACUGGCCUGGUCCAGAGUGUGCUGACCAGAGCACCAGACAGUGACAGCACAUGCGGCCUGCUGCGUCUCUGCAUGAUGGCGGGCUGCCCUCCGGACCAAGGGAUGGAGUUCUCACGGCCAUUACCUUUCUCUUCCAGCGAGAAGACCGAAACCAACAGUGACGGCUCCGCCACUGGAACUGGACGGCUGAAGCAGAAAGCUCACACGCCGUCGGCUCCUCUGGCUCUGAUGCCGCCGCCGCCUUCCAACACGACGCCGGUGAACAGCGCCGGGCGCCUGCAGAUGCAGCUCCACCUGCACGGUCUGCAGCAGAACACCACCGACCUGCGCAAACAGCUCAGCCAGCUGCGCAAAAUACAGAUGGAGAACCAAAAUUCGGUGCGAACUCUGCUGAAGCGGACAGAAGCGGAGCUGAAAGUGCGCGUGGCCGACGCCCUGAGGAAGCAGGAGGACCCCCUGCAGAGACAGCGCCUCCUGGUGGAGGAGGAGAGACUCAAGUACCUCAACGAGGAGGAGCUCAUCAUCCAGCAGCUCCACGACCUGGAGAAGUCAGUGGAGGAGAUCCAGAAGGAGUCGUCUGUCAACCACAAGCUGGUGACGGUGCAGGAGCUGGAGGAGAAGGCCACUCUUCUGAGAAAGCUGGGAGAAACACUCACAGAGCUGAAAAAUCAGUUCCCAGGCCUGCAGAGUAAGAUGCGGGUGGUGCUGAGGGUCGAGGUGGAGGCCGUCAAAUUCCUGAAAGAAGAGCCGCACAGGCUCGAUUCCCUUUUAAAACGCUGCAAGAGUAUAACCGACACCCUCGCCACCAUGCGCAAACAAGCCAAUGACGGGGUGUGGAAGAAGCAGGAGGACUUCUCUAGUCCUUCAUCAAAGCACAACAAUGACUUGCGAAAGUUUUCAGACUUCGACAUCUCCACCAGCCCACAGCUCACCAUCAAUGAUCUUGGGGGAGGCAACAGCCUGUCCAACUGGAGCCCCCACUCCAGCCUCAGCCGAGGCCACGGGUCCCUGUCCGGUCCUCACAAGGACAAUCAUCCUCCUGUUCCCCACAAGGGCAAAGCCCUGGAGGAGCUGGAACGCCGGGCUUUAGCUGACAAAGCUUUAUCCGUGGAGGUCCGACUGGCAGCAGAGCGGGACUGGGAGGAGAAGCGAGCCAGUCUGACCCAGUACAGCGCCCAGGACAUCAACCGGUUGCUGGAGGAGACCCAGGCCGAGUUAUUGAAAGCUAUUCCGGACCUGGACUUCGCCGCCAAGCAGAUCAAGCCCUCCUCCAACACACCAUCCUCCCAGAUCCUCCAAAGCGGGGUAGGAACCCCAGACCACCGCGUCAGCAAGCCCCAGCACAAGCUGUCCGGGAAAGAGGGAGGAUCCAGGCGUGGCUCUGAUGAGCUGACAGUACCACGAUAUCGCACAGAGAAACCCUCCAAGUCUCCUCCUCCUCCUCCACCUCGACGCAGCUUCCCGUCUUCUCCAAGCAUCACCAGCCGCAGCGGAGAGCCCCUCAUUCCUGGAAAAAGUAUAAAGAAGUCUGAAUCUGAGGAGGCCGAAAGCCAGAAGCUGCACGUAAAACUGAGGAGGACCGUGUCUGAAAACCCCCGUCCUGCAUCUACACCCCCCACACUUGCCUCUGGGGACAAGGAGGAAGGAGAGGAGGAAAGAAUUGCUGCCGAAUUAGAGGGAAGCCGCUUGUCUCCCGUCCCCAACGUCGUGUUGACAGAGUGUUUGCCAGCGUCGCCCACUGCCUCAGAGGAUCCUGUCAGAGAUACAGCAAAUGAGCCUGUAGACGAGAGUCCAUCACGAGAUUGGACCGCUCAUCACACCGCCUACCAGACUAGAUUUUCAAAAGAAAGGGAUUCCUCUGGAAGCCCUCCUCAGCGAGAGCGCUGUUUUAAGGAGGAAGUGGAGUUAAAACUGGAAGUUGUCCUGCUCUUGACAGAGCUGGAGGUCAGGGUGGUGUCUCCCGUUGAGGUCCAGGAGCUCAGCAUGACUUUAGGACAAGCUCUGCAGACCCUGAUUAUCUCACCGCACACUAAUGAAGUCCCUGAGGUCCAGCUGAGAGGCCGGCCUCUCCUCGUGCUCCUCAGAGAGGGGAAAACAGUCAGGGAUGCCUACAGGCUGCUGCAUUGCCUUUUGGACUCAUCCAAGCCGGUGCCCAAACCCAGAAUGAAAUCCCCCCUCCGCUCGGGCCAGCAGAGCUCUCUGGUGGAGGCUCUGAGGAGAGGGAUGGAGACGGGGGAUAGAGUGCUGACACUUCACCACAACGCCGAAAUCAAAAUUCCUGAGGCGCAGCAGAAAUCGGCAAACGUGAAGUCCAGUGGGUCAGAUCUCUCUGUGGACAGUCCAUCCAACCGGAGCCAGAGGAAAGUGAGAGAUGACAUCCGGUGCAGCGCCUACAGGCGGAUGGACAGCUUGGAGGAAACUAUCCGUGAGCUGGAGAACACCUUGAUAGAGAUCAGUGGCCAUCCAACUGCAGAGCAGCUCUACACCGAGACGGCCGCAGAAAGCACUCCCGUACAGGUGACGGGUGGUCCGACCUCGGAGACCAAGAAGCCACCGGUUCCACCCAAGCCGUCCUCUUUCAGCCCGGCAUCGAUCCAGGGGGGGAAUAGUUCAAGCGUUAAGCUCCUCCACUCCUCAGCUGCCUCCAAACUGAAGCACCUGCAGCAGAACAGCACAGACAAGACUAAAAGUGGCAGGAGAGAGGACUUCCUGAAGAUCCAGGGCCAGCACCAGACGUGGGUGACCUCUCCGCUCGCCCCACAGAUGAAGGCCUUGGGGAGCAACAGCAGCAUUGAGCCAUACCUCUCUGGUAUCAAAACGGGACUUCUCUCAGGCCGAGUGACCUCACCUGCAGCAGCGUUCGCCCCCGGCCUGAGGAAGUACCCCCAGGAGGGAGCGAAGCCCUCCCUCACACCCUCCUCCAGCCAAGCGAAGGCCCUGCUGGUGAGCCUGUCAGCCUCCGGUCUGAGCGCCGAGGCCCUGCUCCUCUCCUCCACCCUCCGCCAUCGCCGCCUUCUACGUGAGCAGCAGCGAGCCUCCUCCUUGCCCCUGCCCCGCAGCCGGUCCUCCCCCACUACUCCCACUGCUUCCUCCCCCUCAUCUUCCUCUUCACCCACCACCCCGACUCCUUCCCUGUCUCCCUCCUCUCCCACAUCUUGGGGUUCCCUCGCCCUCUCCCCUGCUGCGGCUCCCAAACCCAGCAGUUGUAGCUCCAGCCUCAACAGCUGCAAGGAGGGUGGCGGCGAGCAUGUGAAUACGGACCUCGCCUCUGGCAACUCUCGGUAAUGAAGAGGAGGAGGAGGAGGAGGAGGACGACAUGGGAGACUUCAAACACCAUCACAUCAUGAACCAUAAAGAGAAAACAACUGCAUUAUGGGAAAUUCCAGCGUUGUUUGGUGUCCUAUUUUCUUUCAGGACUUUUUUGUCUUCUUUAUUUCUCCUCUCUCUACUUUUGGCCUCUCUCCAGUAUGUUUUCAUAUUUUCAUGGCAAGAACAACCGCACUGUAAACGGAGUCACGAGUUUCCUGCUCUGAUCCGGGUCCUCUGCAGCUCUCCCACGCCGUCGUACUGCCAGUUUGCCAGAUAGUGAGUGCACAAACGGGGCUCCCCCUCCUACCAGCUGCCUGCUGCAAGCUGAUGUGGUCUGGAUGGAUUUACGGGCAGUAGCAGUCUCAUAUAGACCCUCACUCACUGGGGUUCUUAGUGGAGUAGACAUCAUUUCUAGACUGUGACUUUUAUCAUAGAAAAUAGAGCUGCAAUAAUCACCAAGUGAGUCCAGUAGUUGUGUGUGUUCAGGAUAAUAUUGCUCUCACUUACCCGCAUCACCUGGCAGAAUGUGCUCAGAAAAAAACUAAAAAAAACCUAAAGUAGAUCAAGGUGAUGAUUGUGGUUUCACACUGUUUUGUGUUAAAAGGGCAUUUGUGGCUUUUCUGGCAUCGCCUGUGUUUUGAACUCUGAACUGGUGCUAUAUUUUCCCCUCCGUCUGUACACACUGUGUAAAGAGUUUACAUGAUUGUCCUCACUCCCCAGACUUUGACCUGCGCUUUGUUUAACGUGUACAUUCCACCGUCUGACUUUGAUUUCUCGACGCGCUGUUUGAAUAUUUAUAUGCCUCCCUACAGAAUGAAGUCCUUGCAUCGAAGACGACGAACGAUUAUGAGGAAAUGUUCGACUUAAAAGUGUAUUCACAAAAGCACAUUGUAGGGAGCAGUGUUAUAACAGCACAUUUCUAUUUAUAAUGGAAGCAGGAGGCACAGAAACAGGAGGGAAGAAUGCGAGCGGUGAAUUGUAUAGACGUGUUGAAUUUCUCUAUAUGUGUAUUAACUAGUUAAUUAUGACAAUCAGGAUGUUUCCGCAGUAGCGUCUAACAGGUUGCUCUGACGUUUUAAGCACCUGACAUCACAAACCUUCCCAAAGACUCGAGCACACACACACACACACACACACACAAAAUCUAUCACACAUUCUGCACAGGCUCGACUAGUUUUUUUGUUUUUUUGUUUCAGCAAAUGUGUGAUUUUGAAGUGUGUUGCCCCGCUGAUAGAAAUAGAGCACUCUGGUAGAAACGUGCCACGUCCACCGCUGGUCUACAGAGCGACGGAUCAAGUGGUUUCUUUUGAACUUCAAGGUUAGUCUGAUGGGAAGCAGCUUCCAAAGUAUUUAGCAAUUUGCAGGUCUUAUUGUAAAACAUAAAACCUUAUUUGAACAAGAACAAAUAUAUAUAUAUAUAUAUAUCUUUCACUGCAGUGAACUGAUUGCACUUCUACGGCACUGUUUCAACCCUGUUGCAUCGUUUGAAAGAGGAAGAAAAGUUAAUCAGCACAUAUUCAGACACAGCUUGACUCUUGAAGGGCCUGAGAUGAGAAUAUGGAAAUAUAAAAAGUAAGCACAGUUUCCUCACAAAGACUUGACCCUUCCCCCUAAUCUUGAUCUUGUGAAUCUGCCUAAAUUUGAUGAGCACAAAGCUACAAAAACACCCCUCCAUAUUUAAAAUCUGUACGUUAUAUCCCCAACAUUGCUGUUGCCUCAUUUGGUUUUAUUACCUGCAUGUUGAAACUAAUGAAUGUGAGGCCUUUGGUGUGCAUCGAUGACGGGAGUUGUCACUAUUUAUAGCACAUCAGAGGCCCGUCAGUGAUUCCCUAAGUGUAAACCCGACACAAGGAACCAUUUUGAAGCUCCCUGUCCUGUGUUAUUGCCUUAAGGCUGCCCACUGGGGAGGUGAUGAGGUUGAACGGACGGUCAUAGAAUGACUGUGAAAUGUGAAAUGGAUUCUUCGUGGCAUUGAGAUUAAAACAUGUGCAAAAGGGGAUUGUGUCAAAGAGGAGGCAGCUUGAGGAGAGGGGAUUAGUUUGGGGACAUGUGUUUGAAGGCUCCUUUAAUAAGGCCGGCUUUGACUUGCCCCGUCUCCAUCGAGAGUGCUUGUGAUAUAAAAGACCCGAAGAGAUGAGAGGAAGGGUCUGACAGUCUGAGUGCCGUUAAGCGGCUGUUCUUUCCCUGCCCCUCUCACUUUGCUUUGUCUUUGGUGUGAGGAGCAUGUGAGAUAAAGAAAGUCAGUUGAGGUUAUCCUAGGACAAAGUUUAACAGGCCUCAAUAUGAACAGUAACAGUGUGCAAUAUGUAAUUAGCACUAUCACACAUUUUGCAAACGCAGUGCUCUUUGCCUUUGUGGUACUCCGGCCUGUUUGUCUGCAAGGACCUGCAGCCAUGUUUGUUUUUAUCCCAGUGCCUCAAAGACUUUGUUUCUGUGAGGAAUCCCCGGUUGAUCUCUGUGUUACAGUAUUAGAUCAGCAGCAGUGACAGAAGAACACUUUUACCCAAAGAAAGAGGCUACGCCAAUUGGCUUGUUCCUAUUUUUCGCAGAAAAAAAUUCAAAAAAACUUGAAAGACAGUCAGUGUGUGUGUCCGGCUGCAGCGGUGACGUUUGACCGAACACUCCCGGAGCUCGAACAAUGUGCAAACCUGCGAGCUCGCAAGCGCAGCGAUUUGAAGCCGCGCCCCCGGGUGCUCUGUGGCUCCGCCAGGCAGGUUCAAGCCCCGGGUUUCAUAUUGAGUGAAGUCAAAUGAAAGAAAUUCACUUACUCAUGCUGUUUCACACUCAAAUCCAUAAAACUCUCCCGAGUUAAAUUUGCUGCAUUUGCAUCUGGUGAGCGUUGGGGAGGAAGUGUUCACGCUUGGCUGCUUUCCCCGAGUAAAGCGUGAGAUGAAACCUCCCGGAGUCGCGUGACCGCGUGCUCUGGAUUGAUUAGUGUUGGUGGGCUGUGGUUCCAACAUGGCCGGAGGCCCCGGGGGCGAUCAGAAACGCUCAUGCACACUUGAAACGAAACAUAGAAGUAUACAUAUAUAAAUAUAUCUAAGUGAGAUGUUUGUGUAUGAUAUUAUAACUGUGAAGAAAAGUGUGAUAUAUAUAUAGGCCUAGAUUAAAUUAUAUACUGUAAAAUGUCAUCAUCUCUUCAGUUUUAUAUAUUAGUCACCAUUUUGUACAGAUGUUUUCUUUUUUAAUUCAUUCAGAGAGAUAUUACAUUUCACACUGAGAUUAUUUAUUCAUACGCAGAACAUUUUUAUAUUUGUUUAAAAGCAUCUGUAUAGAUAACAGUUAGCCUCUGUAAUAUACGCUGAAGUUCAUUUUUAAAUUCUAGGGUUUUCUUUACGAACGCCGAGUUAGAUUUUAUGUAAGUUAGGUUCUUUUGAAAAGCUUGUCCCUGAAAUUGCUCGUUCAGCUCUUCUGCACCUUUGCCUCCUUAUGUGAAGGGUCACUAUUGAGGUGUGAGGGGCUGGACCAGUGCCUGUGCUUAGGGGCUUAUUUUGCUACUGUCUUUUUGAUUUGGGGGGUUGUUUUCUGUACCUGUGGUCUUGUGUUUUUUUUUUGGGUUCCGCCCCCAUCCUGUGUUUGUGGUUCAGCUGGUUGAGUUGGAGACGUUCAGAGACACAGAUGUUGUGGUAACUACAGUGAAAGGUGAGUUUAUAGACCCUAAAGGCUUCACAUGGAGCCUUGCUGCUUUGACCAGAAGUACGUUACAUGGCUUUAAUUGUCCUCCUCCUGUGUCAUGUUUGCAUGUGAACAGGAGCGGUGUGAAUGUGGAUGUGGAUGCUCCGUGCAAAACAAAACAUUCAGAGACAACCGGCUCUUCAUCGUUACAACCGGUGGAAGAACAUUUAGUUGCACUGAGUGGCUUUAAGUCGCAGUUAAGCUAAACCGCAGAAGUUGUUAGAACCACCAAGACGGACCAAUGAGGGAAUCACGUGUUGAGUUGUGUGAAUUCAAAGUUGUAUCUCUUCCUUUGCCUUUUUAUUUUUCAGUAACAAACCUACAUUCUGUAGUAUGUAUAUGAGAUUUUUACAUGAAUGUGUGGAUGUUCAAAAACCUUGGCAUCAAAAAGUAGAAAAACUAAAUUGACUUGUAAAUAGGCCGAGUCAUUCCUAGCGAGUUCAACGAAUUAUUUCCAAAAGAAGAUGUUUUAUUAAUAAACUAUGACGAUGGGUACAAAGGUAUAUACAAAACAAUGCAUGUAUAGUCUCCAGCAAUCGCACGGUGCAGUCGAGAAAAAAAAAAAAAAAAAGUCGUCUACGUGUUUUCUCAAAAAAAAAAUGAAGAGAAAAGCGGUUCUACGUUCGGGGGUUUUACAAACAUGAAGAAUGAGAUAUUAUUUUGAUAUCUGUGACGCGGGCAUGUUCAGUCUUACUGUGAUGUCAUGUGACGAUGAGGAUGACGAGGGUGGCCCAGAGUGUUGGAUGUCGUGAGGGAUUCUUGAACGCUUGAACGCACCCCAACCAGAGACGACGGUGUGCUCUUUCCACAGAGUGAUUCUCCCAUGUGUAGAGUAGUGUGAUAUAAGAACAAAAAUAAUACAGAAAAUAGAUCUAUAAUAUAAUGACAUAUAAAUUCAAAAGCCUACUGGUACUGGAGAUAUUAAUUUAUCAGUGUGGAUGCCAUGAUAUUCUGUGAGAAAUGUGUGUGUUUUUCCCGUGAGAAGACGGUUGGCAGUUGAACCUGCCUUCUUUUGUACAUACUUUGCUGUGAUUGUGUGUCCAAUAAAGUGCAGCUCUCUUGUACAGUG